AUGCUCCACCUUCGUCUUAGUCUUCCCAACCCUUCCAAACAUAACUCAUUCCCACCUCCACCCAACAACCCUAAUCUAAUUACUACUAUAAUCAACCCCAUUUUCACUCCAAGCAACCACAAUCCCACUCACAUUGCUCAAAGCUUCAGAUCCUACAAAACUUUAGCGGCUACCACCACCACUUCUGCUAACAAUGGGGUCAUUGAUAAAGAUAACCCAACUGAUUUCCAGGAAGGUGAACAAGGGAGCAGCCAACACAAGAGCUUCUGGGGAGCUGUUACUUUGAUCAUUGGCACUGCUGUAGGUCCUGGCAUGCUGGGUUUGCCCGCUGAAACCAUUCGAUCAGGCCCUCUUCCCUCAACUAUUGCCAUUCUCGUCUCUUGGGUCUAUGUCAUCUCCUCAAUUAUCCUUGUUGCUGAGCUCAGCUUCGCGGCCAUGGAAGAAGAUGGGGUUGAAGAGGUAAGCUUCACUGGCCUUGCAACAAAAGCAUUGGGAAGUCACUUUGGUGCAUUUAUUGCUGUGGUCUAUGCUUGUUUGAGCUUUGCCUUGUUGGUGGCCUGUGUUUCGGGUAUCGGUUCAAUUGUCUCUCAGUUGUUUCCUCGUAUGAAUCUUGUAAUUGCUCAUGCUUUUUUUCCUCUUGCGGCUGGAUUAGUGAUUAUUUUAUUUCCUUUUAACGUCAUUGAUGCUGCAAACCGUUUUCUAUGCUUGCUCAUGCUUUUCUCCAUAACUGCACUUGUGGCCAUUGGUUUAUCUGUGGCAAGAACCAACUUGUUUGCUUCAUUUGGACAUGCCUCGUGGAGUCUUCCUUCAAUCUUACCAGCCAUUCCUGUCACUGUCCUCACAUUGGGGUUCCAUGUUAUCACCCCUUUCAUUUGCAAGAUUGCUGGGAACACAAUAGCUGAGGCUCGGAAAGCCAUUCUGAUUGGUGGUUCUGUUCCAUUAAUUAUGGUGUUGUCAUGGAAUUUGAGUGUGCUGGGGCUUUCUGGGGCAAACACAACAGCCUCCUCCAGAUACCCUAUAUCCCUUCUGCUUUCAGUCAAUCCCUCUGCCUUAUCUGCAGUCCAAGGAUUUGCCUUCUCUGCUUUGGCAACCAGCUUGAUUGGUUAUGCUGUUAGCUUCCCAAAACAGCUUCUCGAUACUCUGGAAUUGAUUGGAAAAAUCAACCUGAAAAAACAAAGUUAUUCUGAAAUACAACUAGGUUCUGAAGGCAAUGGUUUUGGAAGAGUUGGGUUUGCUGUUUAUUCAGGAAGGCAUAAUCUUGGAAAUGCAGGGAGGGCUUCAUUUACCAGUUCAGGGUGUAGUGCUGCUUCAGAAGCUAAAUUGGGAUCAAGCAUUAAUAUCAUUGUAAUGCCGCUUGUACUUGGUGUUCCAGUGCUUAUAGCUUCUUUCUUUCGCUCGACCUUUUCCAGAGCUCUUGAUUUUGCUGGGCUUUAUGCAAACUGCUUUCUAUUUGGCAUCCUUCCUCCGGCAAUGGCUUACAUACACCAAUCCAGGAAGAAAUCCAGGUAA